AUGUUCUCCUGAAGGUGAUAUUUCAUCUAAUGGUUUAAAUAAAAAAAGUUGCUAAUACACAUAUUAUUUGCGGGCGCGCGCCUCCGUCCUCGUGUCUCCAAACUGGAUUUAACCGAUGUUUACCUCAGAAGACAGUUUUCGUUUCUGUGGUAAAUUCUAAGAGAUUAGAUGUCAUUUUUUUGUCCUUUCCAUUCUUCCUCCUGGAGCAAAAGUUGGUAGAAAGGUCUUCCGUCCAUCCAUUAAUGAGGCUAGCAAGGCCUUCAUACAACUUUGGCCAAGAAGACUGAAGACAUGAGUUAUUCAGACCUAUGCCGAAUUAAACAAGAAGACACAAAGGAACACAAAGAUUUAUUGGACCUGAAAGUUGAAAGCGAUGAACUGAAUGAAUUUGAGGAAAAACACUACUAUCAGACACCUCAUCGUUUCAUAAUGAGAGAAACAUCCAGUAGCUUGCAGAUGGAAAAUACAAAAGCAGGCAAAUCCCCACCUCACUGUGAGAACAGUUUUACACUUAAAAGACAUUCUGAGGAACACGUGAGAAUUCACACUGGAGAGCAUCCAUACACAUGUCUGCAGUGUGGAAAGAGUUUCAUCCAGAAAUCACAUCUUGAUAUGCACAUGACAGUUCACACUAGAGAGCAUCCAUAUGCAUGUCCUUAUUGUAAAAAGGGUUUCAAACAGAAAUCGGCACUUGAUAUACAUGUGAGAACUCACACUGGAGAGCGUCCAUACGCAUGUCUUCAGUGUAACAGGAGUUUCGCACAGAAAUCAAAUCUUGACAGCCACAUGAGAACUCACACUGGAGAGCAUCCUUACCCAUGUCUUCAGUGUGGAAAGAGUUUCACAGAAAAACAAAAUCUUAAAAUGCACAUGAGAAUUCACACUGGAGAGCGUCCACACUCAUGUCUUGAGUGUGGAAAGAGUUUCAUCCAGAAAUCAGGGCUUAAUCUGCACAUGAGAGUUCACACUGGAGAGCAUCCAUAUGCAUGUCCUCAUUGUAAAAAGGGUUUCAAACAGAAAUCGGCACUUAACAAACAUGUGAGAGCUCAUACUGGAGAGCAUCCAUACAUAUGUCUUCAGUGUGGGGGGAGUUUUACAAACAAAACAAGUCUUGAUAUACACAUGAGAAUUCACACUGGAGAGCGUCCAUUCCAAUGUCUACAGUGUGUGAGGAGUUUCAUACAGAAAUCACAGCUUAUUGUGCACAUGAGAGUUCACUCUGGAGAGCGUCCAUACGCAUGUCCUCAUUGUGAAAAGUGUUUCAAACAGAAAUCGGCACUUGAAAGUCAUACGAGAAUUCACUCUGGAGAGCGUCCAUACUCAUGUCUUCAGUGUGGAAAGAGUUUCAAACGCAAACAAAGUCUUGACAGCCACAUGAGAUGUCACACUGGAGAGCGUCCAUACUCAUGUCUUCAGUGUUGCGAGAGUUUCACAUGGAGUGCUAGUUUUAGAAUUCACAUGAGAAUUCACACUGGAGAGCAUCCAUAAACAUUGUCCUUAGUAUGAAAAGGAUUUUGAAACAAAAAUAAAACACAUGAAAAUUCACUAUUAAACGAGUGAUACUGUAAAAAAUGCUUGCUGAAAUGAUAGUAACAUCAAACAGUCAAAUACUGCAAAUUAACAGUAAAACACUGUAUUAAUAUCUCUAGUGCAAUGUAUCUCUACUCCAGUUCUCGGGCUCCCUCCCAGAUUGUUUUAGAUGUCUUCUUAUAUAAAACACCUGAUAUUAAAGGCGGAGUCCACGAUGUUUGAAAGCCAAUGUUGAUAUUUGAAAUCACCUAAACAAACACGCCCCUACCCCAAUAGAAUCUGGACCUUCUGUUGAUAGACCCGCCCCACACAUACGCAACCCGGCAUUUGAUUUGAUUUUAUUGGCUAUAAGUGUGUUUUGGUAGUCGGCCCGUCUCCUUUUCCAACGCGUUUUUCAAACAUCGUGGACUCCGCCUUUAAUUAGGGAGACAUUUCAAAUAUUCUGAGAGGGGGGCCCAAGCACACUGCACUAGUGCAAUUUAUCUUGUUGUUAAUGCAUUUACUGUACAUUUCAUACUGUAAUAUGAACCGCAAUUUUAUUGUCUUUCCUCUAGUAAUGCACUGAGACAUUAAAUAUAUACCAUUAAACU